AUGUCUCUUUUCCUCAACAAGAAUACAAUUUACGAUCAUCUGGAGGUGGACCCGCAGAGGGUGAAGAUGGCUGAAAUCCAAUACGAAGCCAUGCAAACCACAUUCAACACCCUUAUUCGUACUUGUCGGACGAAAUGCAUUGCUGAGGAGUAUGGAGAAAUCGACUUAUCCAAGGGAGAAUCUUCCUGCGUGGAUCGUUGCGUAGCCAAAUUCAUGAAGGCCAAUGUUCAAAUAGGAUUUUUGGCACAUGCAGCAGGGCUGGAACCAAAUAGUCUGCGGGUGCACCAAGGCAUUGUCGAAACAUACUGCAGCGACGCACCUAAAGAGGACGGAAUCAACAAAUAA